AUGGGCAAUUCAUGCCGUGGUUCUUUCAAGGACAAAAUCUACGAGGGCAAUAAUAGUCGGCCCGAGGAGAAUUCCAAAACCACUACCAACGUUUCCUCCGAUCAUUCUCCGACCACCACCGAACAAGACUUCUUCAAAGAAGAUCAGAAAAAGGACAACAACAACAACAACAACAAUCCAGUUCUUGUGAUUCCUGCAAGAGAACCCAUUAUGCGGCGUAACAUGGACAAUCAAGCUUACUAUGUUCUUGGUCACAAGACUCCAAACAUUCGUGAUCUUUACACAUUGAGCCGUAAGUUAGGACAAGGACAAUUCGGGACGACGUAUCUGUGCACCGAGGUUGCUACGGGUGUUGACUAUGCUUGUAAGUCUAUAUCCAAGAGGAAACUGAUCUCUAAGGAAGAUGUUGAGGAUGUUAGAAGGGAGAUUCAGAUAAUGCACCAUUUAGCUGGUCACAAGAACAUUGUUACGAUUAAAGGAGCUUAUGAGGACCCUUUGUAUGUUCACAUUGUGAUGGAGGUUUGUGCUGGUGGUGAGUUGUUUGAUAGGAUUAUUCAGAGAGGGCACUACAGCGAGAGAAAAGCUGCCGAGUUGACCAAGAUCAUUGUCGGGGUUGUUGAGGCGUGUCAUUCGCUCGGUGUCAUGCAUAGAGACUUGAAGCCAGAGAAUUUCUUGUUGGUUAAUAAGGAUGAUGAUUUCUCUCUCAAGGCCAUUGAUUUUGGGCUCUCCGUUUUCUUCAAACCAGGCCAAAUAUUCAAGGAUGUUGUUGGAAGUCCAUACUAUGUUGCUCCUGAGGUUCUUCUCAAACAUUACGGUCCAGAAGCUGAUGUGUGGACUGCUGGUGUUAUACUCUAUAUUUUACUAAGUGGUGUCCCACCUUUCUGGGCAGAAACACAGCAAGGGAUAUUUGAUGCUGUCUUGAAAGGAUACAUUGACUUUGACUCAGACCCGUGGCCUGUCAUAUCCGACAGUGCUAAAGAUCUGAUCCGGAAGAUGUUAUGCUCAAGUCCUUCUGAACGCUUGACCGCUCAUGAAGUCAUGCGUCAUCCAUGGAUCUGUGAGAACGGAGUUGCACCAGAUAGAGCACUUGAUCCGGCUGUUCUGUCUCGUCUCAAACAGUUUUCUGCAAUGAAUAAAUUAAAGAAGAUGGCUUUAAAGGUGAUAGCUGAGAGCCUCUCAGAAGAAGAGAUUGCAGGUUUAAGAGAAAUGUUUGAGGCAAUGGAUACUGAUAACAGCGGUGCAAUUACUUUUGAUGAACUCAAAGCUGGAUUGAGAAGAUAUGGCUCAACUUUGAAAGACACUGAGAUCCGGGAUCUUAUGGAAGCGGCUGAUGUUGACAACAGCGGAACUAUAGAUUACAGUGAGUUUAUUGCAGCGACGAUCCAUCUGAAUAAACUAGACAGAGAAGAGCAUCUUGUCUCCGCGUUUCAGUAUUUUGACAAAGACGGAAGCGGUUACAUCACCAUUGAUGAGCUGCAACAAUCUUGCGUUGAACAUGGGAUGACCGAUGUUUUUCUUGAAGAUGUAAUCAAAGAAGUAGAUCAAGACAAUGAUGGACGGAUUGACUAUGGAGAAUUUGUUGCGAUGAUGCAAAAGGGAAAUGCAGGUGUUGGGAGACGAACAAUGAGAAAUAGCCUAAACAUCAGCAUGAGAGAUGCCUAGGCACAUAGACACUACACACAGCGUCUUUGUAAUAUUUGCUUCGGUGAGGCUGCAACUGUUUCCAUGGAAUCAAUAUUUGCAAUCUUCAAUCACAGUAAAGGCUGAAGAGAAACCGGAUUCAUAGGUGCAGGAAGCCAAAAUCUGAAUCCUUGGAAGGUUUGAGUUUAAAAUGUAAAAAAGAAACUACUGUAUGAUUAAAAGUGGUGGAUGAACAAAAAAAAGUGUUUCGUUGUGUUUCCAUCAGUAGCUGUGAGGACUAUUUCUCUAUUUGUCUCUCUGUUUCGUUUUUGUUUUUUUUUUUUGUAACAAUUGUUAAUGUUUGUUUCAUCUCCAUUGUUGAAAGCCUUUGACCCCUUUUUGGGUUUUUUGAGAGA